UUUCCUGAAAGUCUUUAUACUGGUGCAGUCAUACUGUAUGCACGAUGAUGAACUUUACCUUGGUAACAGCUUUACUCUGUACCUUCAGUUGGAUCUCUGUCUCAGUUUCUGAGUUUCACACUGUGGAGGUUCAGCCUGGUGAAGAAGUCACACUGAUGUGUUCCAACUUUACCAGCACGCCCUCUCACAUAAACUGGUUCAGACUGAACAACAGACCCAAUGCCAGCUGCAUCUCCUCUAUGUUCAGCUCUGAUACCAAUGCUACAUUCUGUGAUGGAUUUCAAAAUAGCAAAUUUAAUAUGACGUCCAACACCACAACCAUCUUUCUCAAGAUCAAACAAGUGGAUUUAUCUGACUCUGAACUGUAUUUCUGCGGAUUUUACUCAAAUGGAAACUCAGUAAUUGUCAGUGCAACUUAUUUAAAGGUUCAAGGCAGUGAUGAUUCCCAUGGUGACGUGGACAGCAAGUGUGAAAGUAAGAUUCUCCUGAAGAUUUCUUUCAUUGUGCAGAUUAUCAAAUGUUUCAAGGUACAUACGCUAAAUUCAUUUGCGUCCAAUUUCAUUUUCUCUCAAGUCUCUAAACCCAAAAUAGACAAUAACUUAAUGAGUGACUGUAAAUACUUUUAUUUACAGAAUCUGGGCUCUGAUGCUCUGACCUAUGCAGCGCUGAGUUUCCGCUCGAAAGCAAAAAGCAGUAGAAGGCCUGCAUCAGAGAACCAGCUGGAGACAAAUGUUGUGUAUGCUGCCACCAGAUAGACUCAAGAAACAUCUGGAACAGCAGCUCAGAGUGGAAUUAAUGAUUUAUCAAACUUCUUCUAAGGAGGACUUAUAUAUAUAUAUAUAUAUUGUGCUGUAUCUGCUACAAUUUGAAUUCUACUUUCCAGCCAAAGUUUCCUUCCCACUUGUUUUGUUUCUUAAUCGGAGGAGGAGCCAGUAAUUAAUGACAGACAUUAAUGAUUGUUAAUGUGUCCUAUAGCAAGACUUAGAGGGAAGUCUGCAGCAGUGGAGGAGUGAGUGAGGUACACAUCACUUGUUUGACAGGAAGAGACAUUAUGGUGUGAAUGCAACAGAGCUGAAAAUCAUGAGGCCCGUUAGAUCAAAGCUCUGUGAGAAUAAAGUCUGAAAUUAAUUAAAUACUGGCUGACAUUUUAAUUUGUGAUUUGAAAGUAAGUGUGUAUAAUGACAAGGUUAAUCUGUGAAGAAAAACAUAAUUUUUAGUUAAGAAUUCUCUCAUUUGCCAGCAAUCUGCUGAUUGAUGUCCAUUUCUCCACUGUGGUAACAAACAGCACAACCUGGAUUAGUGAGGUCUCUAUAUCUGUAUCAGUAAUAAGGUCUCGACCAUGAGAAGCUCAGCCUUCAGCUCUCUGCAUCAGAAACACUCAGAACAAACACUUUUAUGUUGCUAAAGAACAGACAAACUUUAUAAAGCAAAGAUGUUUUAUAUUUGUAGAAAUGUGAUUGUUGGGCAUCUUGUUAGUGGUAAAUCAGUCUGUAACAGUCAGGAAUUGUGUCACUGAUUCCAUCAUCAUGGAUCAAAUUUAACAGACUCAAUGUCCACACAAACUGUUUUCUUGUCAAAAGAUACCUAUUUCAAGGCGACACUUGCAGUCUCAUAUAAAAGCAUUUACUCUGCUGAAGGCUGCACAUUUGGCUGCACAGCAGGUGAAUAUCCCAUCCGUCUCCACUAUGAGAUGCAUUUGAACCUACUGAGUCUUGCAAACAUGAAUCCAAUAACCAUCAUUGGCCAGGUAAGAGUGAACUGCUAUUACUGAUACAAUCCUUUAAUCACCUACUAUUGAGUGAACAUUACAUUAUAAAACAUAAUGCUUAAUGAUGAUUAAUGAUUUUCAAUGGCAUACUUAGGAAAACUGUAACAAUUACAAUUCUAAAAUAUUUAAAAAUGUUUACAAUGCUAUGAAUGAAUGAAUAAAGUAACUCCAGUAAAGCACACUGUCAUAUAAUUAUUUUAAU